AUGACGGCGGACGUGUUCAAUCAGUUUAUAACGGAAAUAUUUUCUCCAUAUCUUACCGAACACAAUAUACCAAAACCAGUAAUUUUAUUUAUUGAUGGCCACAAGAGUCACAUUACACUACAGCUUAGCUUAACGUGCAAAGUGCUAGGCAUAGAGUUGAUUGCACUGUACCGUAACACUUCCCGUAUUACUCAACCUGCAGAUGUGUCUGUUUUCGGACCAAUAAAAAAGUUAUAUAGAAAAGAAGUAGCAAAAUUUCAGGCACAUAACAUGGGCGAGGUAGUGACACAAUUAAAUAUUGCCAGCAUUUUAAAAUCUAUUGUAGAAGAGAUAAAGCCCGAUAACAUAAUUAGUGGCUUCAAAGCUAGUGGCUUGUACCCUUUUAAUGAAAAUGCUAUAAAUUACACCAAAUGUCUAGCAACAAAUAAUAAGGGACAAGAGCCCAAAGAAGAAAAUAAAAUGAUGUCUCUUAAAGACUUUGAAAGUAUUAUAGGAGAAGAAAUAAUUAGCAAAAUGAAAGUUCUACAAUCCCAGGCAGUAAAUGUCAAUUCUCCUUGUACAAGCUUUGGUCUUUUUUUCAAGGUGAUUUUCCACUGA